UAAAAAUGUGCCAGCUGAGUCAAUGUCACGCUGCACUCAUAUAUAUGCCCAUACUAUGCAACAUCUUUGCAUUGGUACCACCUGCGACUUCUAUCCACCAGAAGGCCUUUGCCACGCACGCUCCCUGCCGGCUUCAUACUUGCUGCGUAUAGCUGUAGUACUCAUUUGAGUAACCACCCAGUGAAUUUUUACUGAAGAAUGGAUCGUAUGUAAUCAAAGGACCGUCGAUCUAAUUUACAUAACAGCAAUCAAGACAUCGCAUUUUAGUGGAAAUAAGACAUUCCUCUAGUUUUAGUCUGUUCAAGCUGCUGAAAUGUCUACAGAUAAGAGACGUCGUGUGCCCAAGGCAUGCGUGUACUGUCACCGUUCGCAUCUGAUGUGUGAUCAGAGCCGUCCGUGUAAGCGUUGCGUGGACCGAAACGUGGCCCACCUCUGCCGUGAUGAAGACGAGGAUCUGCAUUCUCUCUACAACAAACUACGAGCACAGAUACGCACAUUCCACGCAGAGUUUCGAUCAACUCGUGCUAAAGAAGGCCUUCUUGAGCCCAGGCCAAACGCGGUUCCUCCUUCACGUAUAGGCGUGUCUGUUCUAGGGGACAGUGAGCAAGUGGGUUCGAGAUACAUGCGGUCGAAUAACAUAUACGAUGGUGUUGUAGCUACGGAUGGAUUUGAGAAUCUCGAUCAAACGAAGAUUAGCCUGGACUAUCUAGGGGCUUUCUCUGAGCUUCCGGAUGUCUUUGGUUGUGAAGAUAGUAACCAGACGGUGUUUGGUGUUGGCGGGGAUGAUGACACGAGUAACAAGGCGAUAAAAAAGUUCGACUCAGACAAAGCUGUACAGGCCAUUGUGAAACAACUGGAUAAGCGUAUCCAGACUACUACCAGCAAGUACUGGCACCGAUUCAACUACAACACACUCAAUGUUAUUGAGGGCCUCAAGAAGACCAUGGAGCGCGAGGGCAAUUUGGACCCGCAUGUGUUUGCGCUGUGCAUGACCAAGGUGCUGAAGUACUACGAAGGCUCGUACGACUUACAUACGUAUCUGAAGGGACGGGUGUCCGACGCAGAGCUGGAGCGGUUAGAAGAGGCUGUGACGCCCAUACGCGAGCGUUUCCUAGAACGCCUCACUCUGUGUAAGCAUGCGGAUAUGCUCGAGUUGAACCACAUAUUCGAGCGGCAGGUAGUUUCUCUACGCAAGUACUUCAUGCUGCUGGGAUUGCCGGCUAUGAUAUGGCGUCGGUCUGGUCAGCUGGUGCUGGUGACAGACGACAUAGGCGACAUCCUGGGGUACAGGCGAGAGGAGCUUCUCAUCAAGAAGCGUGUGUACGAGCUCAUACCCGAUUACGAAGUGGUGGACUUUAUAGUCAAGUGCUGUAUCCCCCAACAGGGCGGAGAGGGCAACAUCCGCUGCAUGGUAAGCCGGGUCAGGCUUACGCGCAAGGACGGGUCGCUCCUACGCACACGUUGCUCGCUUACGGCAGUACGUGGGAGACACGACAUCCCUCUUUGCAUGGUCGCCAUCUUCCUGCCAUUGGACGAUCCCUUCCCCUGGAGUGUGCAGCCGUCCUGUGAGGUGGUGAGCUCCAACACGGUGGAGCCUCAACCGGCUUAUCCAAAGGAUCUGUACGAUAAGGCGUUUUUAAACACACACCAUGCGUCGUAUAAUAUCCCGUCGCAUCAGCGAACCGUGCCGGGUGGUUCACAACACCGCCUGUACAACAACAUGGACCCGUCGGCCGGGCUUACGGCCCAGGAGAUGGGCACCCUGCUCACGUUUUAGAGGUGCAUGGUAUUCAGAUAUACGGGCGUACAAGGGCGUGUAAUAGGACAGUAUGCUUACAAAAAAGGACGUUAUACGUGUAUUAGGAGAGUAGACGUACCAUAGAAGCUUAUACGUACAACAGGGCAAUUUAUCACCGAAAGCGUGAGCUUGGAAGUCCCUCCAGGCUUUAUACAUACAAUAGGACAUUACACCUACAAUAGGACAAUUUAUACGUACUAUAGGACAAUAUACGUACCAUGGGAUAUACGUACAAUAGGUCAUUAUACGUACAUACAAUAGGAUAAUAUACAUACAGUAGGUCAUUCUACGAACAAUCGGACAUUACACUUACCAUAGGACAGUCGAUAUUAUAUUCGACGUAGAACCAUGCGGUCGUCCAAGUAGGGAUAUAUAUAGUUGACAACGGCACUGUUACGUGUGUGGUGUCGAAGUCCUCGGUCGAGAGUACGGGUGCAUGGAAGUCCUCGGCCGAGGGCACGGGUGCAAGGCGUGGGGGCUUUGUGCACUGUUUAGGAACAUCACAAAACCUGUCCCAAAAUCAAUAAAUGUAUUUAACCUG